UAAGGAAAAAGGAAAUGUCUUUGGCCGAACUCAAGAUUAAACUUCGCACAUGGUGGUUGUGAGCGGAGGGGCGUGAGGUCGACCUCUGCAUGUAACAGGGGAGGUCUCGGGUCAGACUAAGUGUUGCUGGAGGAUCCGACCUGCAAGGUGGCCUUGGAGGUUAACUCAUGACAGCGUGUAAGGUUUGUGCGCCUAGGCGGUCCUCGCGAGGCUCCUGAAAAUGUGUUAGGUCAUGAAACGAGUGCGCACCGAGCAGAUUCAGAUGGCUGUGUCCUGCUACCUCAAACGCCGGCAGUACGUGGACUCAGAUGGUCCCCUGAAGCAAGGACUGCGGCUGUCACAGACUGCUGAGGAGAUGGCAGCCAAUCUCACAGUCCAGUCAGAAUCUGGGUGCGCCAACAUAGUGUCUGCAGCCCCAUGCCAGGCAGAGCCCCAGCAAUAUGAAGUACAGUUUGGACGACUACGGAAUUUUCUGACCGAUUCUGAUUCCCAGCAUAGCCAUGAAGUGAUGCCUCUCCUCUAUCCUCUCUUUGUCUACCUCCAUCUCAACCUGGUCCAGAACAGUCCGAAGAGCACAGUGGAAAGUUUUUACAGCCGCUUCCAUGGAAUGUUUCUGCAGAACGCUAGCCAGAAGGAUGUCAUUGAGCAGCUACAGACCACUCAAACCAUCCAGGACAUCCUGUCUAACUUCAAGCUUCGAGCAUUCCUAGAUAACAAGUACGUGGUCCGUCUCCAAGAAGACAGCUACAACUACCUUAUCCGCUACCUCCAAAGUGACAACAACACAGCCCUGUGCAAAGUCCUCACCUUGCAUAUCCAUCUUGAUGUGCAGCCUGCCAAGAGAACAGACUACCAACUCUAUGCCAGUGGCAGCUCCUCAAGAAGUGAGGGCAAUGGCUUAGAAGGCACUGACAUGCCUGCCCCUAUUCUGCAGAACGAGGCUGCCCUGGAGGUCUUGCAGGAGAGCAUUAAGCGGGUCAAGGAUGGCCCCCCCUCCCUCACUACCAUCUGUUUCUAUGCCUUCUAUAACACAGAGCAGCUUUUGAACACUGCAGAAAUCUCCCCAGAUAGCAAGCUGCUUGCUGCUGGGUUUGACAACUCCUGUAUAAAACUGUGGAGUUUACGAUCCAAGAAGUUAAAAUCAGAACCCCAUCAAGUAGACGUGUCCCGCAUCCACUUGGCUUGUGAUAUUCUGGAAGAGGAGGAUGAUGAGGAUGAUAACGCAGGCACAGAGAUGAAGAUACUGAGGGGACACUGUGGACCAGUGUACAGCACAAGGUUCCUCGCAGACAGCUCAGGGUUGCUCUCUUGUUCCGAAGACAUGUCCAUUAGGUACUGGGACCUCGGAAGUUUCACCAACACUGUGUUGUACCAAGGACAUGCCUAUCCUGUGUGGGACCUGGACAUAAGCCCAUAUAGCCUGUACUUUGCCAGCGGGUCCCAUGACCGCACUGCAAGGCUGUGGUCAUUUGAUCGGACGUACCCACUGAGAAUAUAUGCAGGACACCUGGCAGAUGUGGACUGUGUCAAAUUCCACCCUAAUUCAAACUACUUAGCUACAGGCUCAACCGACAAGACUGUCCGGCUGUGGAGUGCUCAGCAGGGGAACUCCGUGAGGCUCUUCACAGGCCACCGUGGCCCUGUGCUUUCUCUUGCCUUUUCUCCAAACGGUAAGUACUUGGCAUCAGCUGGCGAGGACCAGCGUUUGAAGCUAUGGGACUUGGCUUCUGGGACCCUUUAUAAAGAAUUAAGAGGCCAUACGGACAAUAUCACCAGCCUCACCUUCAGUCCUGACAGUAGUUUGAUUGCCUCUGCAUCCAUGGACAACUCUGUGCGAGUCUGGGACAUUAGGAACACUUACUGCAGUGCACCUGCUGAUGGCUCCUCCGGUGAACUCGUGGGUGUAUACACCGGGCAGAUGAGCAAUGUACUGAGUGUGCAGUUCAUGGCCUGUAACCUUCUUCUAGUGACUGGAAUCACACAAGAAAAUCAGGAACAUUAAUUUUUUUAUCUUUGUUGUAAUGGACUGGGGCAAUAGUAGAAGGCCUCCAGAUUGCAAGUCUUACGACAAACUGAGAUUGAAUCACUGACUGACUGUGAAAGACUCCCUGCCUCCCUCCCUUCUCCUGUGCAGACAUCCUGAUCACCUUACCCCUUCACUCAGCCCCCCCAAAUGUCGAAGGACUGUGGGGGAGGAAACGCGGUGAUAAGUGGACGUGAGAUCAAGAAUGAAGAUGCUCUGGAGGUCAGAUUGCAGUUCUUACAAAGAUCCCACUGUGUCCUCAUGUGAGCACCUUCCUGGCUCUGUCUCAUUUUCCCAUUUGUAAAACCGAGAUGCUGCUUCCUUCCCUGGGUGCUGCAUUUGGUCUGAGGAUGGUGGCAGAGCACUCUCAGGAGGAGCAGUGCUCCAGGGUCACGUGUUAUCAGUCGCUUGGGUGGAAGGGAAUAUUGGUGUAGGAAUGCGGGGUGGGAACUAGGAAAAGGGGUGGACAUAAUCCUGGUAAAAAGUCUUUCCUUUUCCAUAAUUACAGAGAACCAGGAUUUUUUAUUAUUGUUAUUAUAAUUAUUAUUAUUAUUGAGAAGAGGAAACCUAGCACUGGCAGAGGGGCCUUCUCUGCUCUCCUCUUUCAGGUUUUACUCCUGGCACUGGCUGUGAUACUUGGAAUUUUGAGGUUCAGGGAAUUCAGAGAAUUUGAUAGCACAGUGUAUUGGAAGAAAGGGAAAAUUUCUGGGUGACAGAUUGAUCCCUCCACCUGACAUGUUUCUAGCAAUGGGUGGGUGGAUUUGAUUGAGAAAGUCUUGGGCUCUUGCAGUGAUGGUGGGAAGGAAAGAUUCUUUUUAUGGCUGCACUUCUAUUAACAAUUCUCUCCCCUGAAAGGACAUGUUGUGGUAAAGAAAUGAAGAUAAUUUCAAAUGAUGAAAGAUAGAAUUAGAAAAUUAGAUUGAAUUUCCAAAUGACCGUUUAUUCAGAGGUGUGGCUUUUUCAACGUCUUUUUCUCCUGAGAUCAUCCGCUCCCACCUCCUGCAUUGCAAUAGCAGUUUAAUGAACACUUUGUGAAACAAAUUGUAAGUAUGUAUGCACGCAUAUAAAACUAUGCUUUGAGGAUAAAGCAACUUCUAAUUUGUGGAAAAAGGAUUAAAUAUUUCUGUUUUCUGAAAAGAGUUAUUUUGUAUUUUGUUUUCUAUUAAAAUGUAUUUAGUUUCAAAAAAAAAAAGAAGUGUUGGCAUCUCAUUUAAAGUGUGAGGACAGGUGGGUGUGUGGUCCGUCCUGGGGUGAUGUGGCAGCUCACCUCUCUUCAGGGCGAUAGCCAGUUAUGCAGGCCAGACCAGCCUCGGUGGAGGUGCUUUUGAUCUGUUCUUGUAUGCUGUUCAGCUUACUUUGAAUCAUGAUUCCUCUUGGCAUUCACAUGAAUUACUGAUAGUAUUUAAUACUAUUUAUACAUCCAAGAUUGCCAAUUGCUAACUGAAGACAACAUGUAUUUUACCAUCUAGAGUUAUGUGGUAAGAUCCUACUUCCAGUUUUCUUUAAAGGCCCUAUUAUAAAAUCUCUAAGUGGCAUAAGAACUGUGUUAUUUAAUUAACUCAGUAUUUAUUUGAACAAUUCCAGAUAAAGAACUCAUUCAAGGAUUUAAAUGAUGCCAGAAUUUUUAAAAUGUACUUUAAAACAUAAUUUUCUGACAAGGACACCAAAAAUUAUCAGGAAAUUAAUAGGAAGACUCUAGAAUUCUAUCCAAAAAAAAUUUUUUUUACUUGAGCCUAACAUGUUAAUUAAUAGGAAAUAUUUCUUAUUGAUAAAAAUCCACAUAUUGGAGAUACUGUAAGAAGGAUCCUUUGGCAGCUUAGCCAGACAGCAUCACCUUCCAGGUGGUCUACAGGUAAAGCCUAGAAUUCAAAUGUGUUCUUAUCUGUAAUAAGGGAAUUCUUAAGUUAGAUUGUGUGGUAUAUUGCUAGAAACAAUGAAAUCUCUAAAUUGGGCUGAAUCAUUCUCAGAACUGAAAAUAUCACUGAUCAAGGAGGAUUUGGAAGCUUUGUGCUUAUUUUUUAAUGCAGAAUUUCUUUGAUUAUAUAUAAAAAUGUAUUAGGUUCGCUAGUCUUCACAUUACCAAUCACAUAUAUACGUUGUGAUUUCAGUUAAAGCUCUUAAUGAUCUGCAUAUUUGACUUUUUUUUUCUUUUGUGAACUGAUUUUAAUGGGAGAUAAUUUAACUUUAUAGACUGCCUCUCACUACUUCUCCAAAAUCUUAGAAGUAUUAUAAGGGGUAUGUAUGUGUGUAUAUGUCCACAAGGGUGUGUAAAAAUGUGGUUACACUCUUGAAGUUGCUCUCUUGCAUUGUUUUAUUUUAUCUUCAGAGCAGUCAUGUGAGACAGGACUGGUGGUAACACCAUUUUGUAGGUGAAAUACAUAAAGACCAGAAAAGCUGUAUUAUCUGUCUACACCCAACAUGGAAUAGUCACAUGUCUUGGAUGUGUUAGAUAGAGAGUCUAUAAUCAGUAUCCUCAGGUUCUAGCCAGAGGAUAUAGCCCUGAAGAUAGAAAAACUUUUUUAAAAAAACCUCCAAAAAGGAAAUAUGAAUAUAAAUAGAUUAUUUAACAAGCAUAUAUAUAGUGCUUACUGUCUGCCAGAAACCACUCCAAGAGCUGUAUGAAAAUUAACUUAUUGUAUCCCCAUUAGAACCCUAUCAGGUAUCCCAAUUUUACAGAUGAGGAAUCUGAGGCAGUGACAGAUUAAGUCACUUGCUGAAAGGGUCACACUGCUAAUAAUCGAUGAAGCUAGAAUCCAUGCUCUUCUCCAUGCUGAUGUCUCCCUUCAUUCCUGCAGGACCAGGUAGAGUGAUCUGAGGUUUGUAGUAACAAAAUGUUCCUGGCAGUAGUUCUAAGACUCAUGCUUCCCUUUGCCAAAUAAAUCAGCAGCAAGAAGUAGGAUCAGGAACUGACAGUAAGAACAAACUUAAACAAUAUAUGGCCAAAAGAAACUUAAGAAUAUCAGUUAUAGUGAACCACAGUGAUAUAAGGUUGAAAUUUCUUAGACUGACAGGCUCAGGAAACCUGACUGUAAUUUUAAUUAAGCAGUAGACUGGCCAAACGAAAGAGAGAAAAUUAAGAUAAAGGAAAGUAAUGAAAAAAGAUGAAACAGGAAACAAUUUAAAUUUUUAUGUUCAAGAUCCAGCUUCUAAGAAUAUCCAUGUAGUCAUGUAUUAAAAAUGUCUUGGUUGUAUAAAAAAAUCUAUUGAGUAUAUAGGCUUCUAAUUUUGCUAUUGCGCAGACUGGUACUUAAGUAUAUAGAUUAAAAGAUUAGUCUAUACUUCAACUUGUCUUUCAGUUGCAUGUUUUAGAAAAGUAUCCAUUAUAUUUAUGCCCAGCCCACACCAAAAAUUCAUAUUAUUGACACCUACAUAGCAGCCAAAUGAUUCUGAAACUGCUUUGUGGUAAACAGAAAUUUUCAAUAUAGAGUUCAAGGAAUGUAAAUGUUCCUUGCCAGUUUAACCCAUUGAAGGACAACUAGGAUACUUUCCUAUGAUUGUCUGAAAUUCCUAAAAGAAAUAUUUUUAUAUUAAAUAUCUGAAUGUCUGUUAUGGUCAGACAUUGUGUUAGUGGGUGGAAAUACGGUGGGAAGGAAAAUUGACAUAGUCUCUGGCUCGAGUUUAUUGUUUAAAGAGGGAGGCAGAUAUUAAUCAAACAACGCCAUAAAUAAGUUUAAGAUUUCCAACUGUAGUGAGAGUGCUAUACUGGAUGCUAUGGAAGAAUUAUACCCAGAGUGCUUUACUGGAUACAGUGGAAGAAUAUACCCAGGGAUCUAAUUUAGAUUAAUCAUUCAAGGAGGGCCUCCGUAAAUCAGUAAUAAUGAAUCUGAGACCUGAAAGAUAAGUAGGAGCUAGCCAGGCAGAGUUCAGGAAAGAAUGUUCCAGACCCCCAAAUGGGGAAGAACUCAAAGAAGUCCAGUGAGGGUGAGGCAAUGUGAAUAAGGAACAGAACAACAUGACAUGAGUUUGGAUAAUUGGCAGGGCUUUGGGCACCGUGAGGUGUUUGACUUUUAUCCCAUGUGGGAUGGAAACCAUUGAAGGGUGUAGAACAGGGAAGUGAUGCAGUCCGGUUUCCACCUAAAUGUCACUGGCAACAGGAGGACAUAGAUAACAUAUUUACAACUGGAAUCCCACUUCAACAUCAGGAUAACUAAGCAACAUUUACUGAACCCAGUCCAUGCCAAGCACUGCAGGUCAGAGCUGAACGAUGGAAGCCAGCUGCAUGUGGAGUGGCCCCUGGAGCAGUGAACUGAAAGCAGCCUCCAACCAACAGCCCGUGAGGACCUGAAUCCUGCCAACAACCACAGAAGUGAGCUUGGAUGCAGAUCCUGCCCUGGUCAAGCCUUCAGAUAAGAUUGCAGCCCUAGCUGACGCCUUGAUUGCAGCCUCCUUGAGAUAGAGGCAUCCAGCUAAGUCUGCCCAGAUUCCCAACUCACAGAUACUGUGAGAUAUUAAAUGUUGUUUUAAAC